GGUUGGUACAACGUAAGCAUAGGUUGUUUCUUUUCAAAACAACGAACCAUGGCUGAUCCCGUAGGCACUGUCCAAGACCCAAUAGGGUAUAAUGAUGCCUCCGUUUUGAAACGCCCGAUCAUAGGUGGAUUGCUCAUGCCGAUCCCAGCUGGAGUUUCGAGUCCUGCGGAGCAUUCAUUCAUUGUUCGAGGCAAUAAUGAUCAACUAUUCUCGAAACCGUCCAAAGCUCCUCCCACCGCUACGGGAGGGUUUAAUAUCCAUGAGUGCACUGUCAUUAAAUCCUGUGGCUACGAGCCAUCACCUCCUCAGCGGCGUGUUGCGUUCCAAACGCCACGUCAGCCACAGUUCAUGGGCACAAAUCUCUCAUUGAAUAAAUCAAUCUGGUCCUAUGAUGUCCAAGAAAUCACCCUCAGCACUCCUGAGAAGGCCUUGUUCAGGCCAGAAACGCACUUCGUCAAGGUUGGCACCUCGGACAAAGGUGUGUUUGAACUCCACAGUGGAAUGAGAGCGGGAGUACUGCUUGCCGUUAGCCAUCGUUCCUCUGACCAAGGAUAUGAACUCGUCAUGAUGCCAAGCGUCAACGCCAAAGCGGAGGGACUCACUACCACAUUCAGCUGGGAAACGGUAUCUGGUGAAUAGAAAAUCAUGAUGUCAUUCUCUAGAAUAUGGGUACAUGCAUGUCCGCGCUUUUUAUAAGCGCUUGGAGGAUAAAAGCAGUUUCCCAAUCAUAAUGAUAAGAGAACGCACCACAGUGUAUAUUAUAACUCGGUUUUAAUCUAGUUGAUGCGUUCACCCCACUGCUGAUUUUAGUGACGGGCUACAUGUAAACUGUGUACAUCACGGUUACUAUAACUACUUCUUACAGUUUUUCAAAGCUCAUGGCCUGAUUACAAAAAUUAUUUUUUCCCCAGUACGGUAUAUCCUAAACUUUCACUGCAUUGCUAAACUACAGCACUGUCAUGGAAAAGAAGAAUGCCUGUCAUGUGACGACUGCGAGGUGCGGUGUGGUGAGUGAGUGGCCGGAGUGACCGACCCCCCUUCCCACCCCCUCCCCGCCCCCCCCCCCCGAGCAUCUCGUGUUGCUACGUAUUAUGCCCUGCUGUCUGCCGACAUCACACCUGGCUAUUAACAAUACUUGCGUACUUCAUUAUUUUUUACUAUCACGUCUUUAUCAUAAGUUUAGUUUUUCACAGUGAUUGUCACUGGCUUCUUUUGCUUUGCCCUCAUCAUCAUGCUUCAAGCGCUCCCAUUAUGCUAACCCCUUUCGGUACAAAGGAUGAUUUUCAAUAUCUUACCUAUACUACAA